AUGAAAGGCAGAUCAAGAAGUAGAAAGAAUCCACUCCGUGAAAUCCGUGAAGAAACUGCCAAAGAUCCUGUCCUACAGUCUCUGAAAGAAGUGAUUCUGAAUGGAUGGACCAACCAAAGAGAAAGACUACCUAUUGAGCUGCGCCAAUAUUUCAUCGUGAGAGAUGAGUUGGCUGCUCAAGAAUGUGUUUUUUUCAAAGGUCUAAAAGGCGUCAUCCCGAUAAGUCUGAGACCCAAGAUUAGAGAGAAGCUCCACCGAUCCCAUAUCGGUAUUCAAGAAACAAAAGUCGUCGAUGUGCGAGGUAAACCUCUCAGCCGAGGUACAGUUAAAGGAAUGGCUUAUGCCAAAUUUAAGGUUCACAAGUUUUCCUACCUCAACAUCACUGCUAUUGGCUCGCAUUAUGUUGGAAAGGGCAGUGAGUGUGGAUUUGCUUGCGUCAACAUUCCGUCGUGUUUUUCGUUUAACCUGGCUGAAUUUCAAGAUAUCAAUGGCAAAGUUCUGUGUGAAUUACUUCCAUCGGAUUUGUACAACAACUCAGACAAGCUUGUCCCUAUUCAGAGUCACCAUCACUUUAGUAUCGCAUCUCCAUGUUUCAAAUGGCCUUGUCAGAACAAUGGGAAAUGUGCGGCACAGUACGAGAAGAACAGUUACGUGUGCGUUUGCGCGAAAGGAUACACCGGGGAACAUUGUGAAACGGGCUGGAUUCUUAUCGCUCGAUUCUCAAACAGCGAUGGCAAAAAUUGGAUGCGUGACGAUGGUAGAUGGUGGUAUGACCAACAAAUUGCCAUUGGAGCGAUAAACAACCCUUUAAUGAACGACGAUAUGAUUUCAACAGCCUUUUGGUCGGUCAGAGGCAGAGAAUUAAAAAUCACUCGUAAUGACGACCCUAGUCACACUCCUCUGUUACAGACCACAGGUAACUGUUUGGCUGGACAAACAUUCCGAUCUAAAAUCAUAAGUUAUGGCGACUUUAGAAAUGGCAAGGUCUGGGCCAGUAAACAGUGUCUGGGUAGUUGUACGGUUCAAUAUGGCGGACAGUACAAGUCAACAGACGGGUUUCAACAGGCUGAUUGCAAUGGAAACAUCCAAAGCGCCAAAAAAAUCGGCUUCUGGUGUGACUAUGGUAGUGGGGAUGGAUCAGUGAUGAUGAUUGGUGGGGGAGGAUGGACCUGUGCACGUGCUGAUCAUGGGAUUGGGAUCACAGAAACUGCCGCUGCUUCUUUCGUUGAAGAUGGUGGUAAUGAAACUGAAUAUGACUUUGGUUAUGAUGGUGAAAAAAAUAAAGCUCCAUCCCAGUCCUACUCGUUGAACUUAUGGAUUACAUUAUAA